AAAGACGGACGGACUCGGUCGACAUGGAGCUUUGAUCCGGAUCAGACGGGGACCGGGACUCUGUGGACCGCCGGACCGGGACUCUGUGGACCGCCGGACCGCGUCGGGCCGCACCGGACCCGGUUUAUUCUGGUUUUUGUUCACGGAGCGGAGGACGAUCCGGAUCUGAAGAGGAGCGGCUCCAGUCCUGGGUGUUGUGGAGGAGCUGACUCUGCUCUGGAUGUAAUGGAAACUCUGUCCUGGUCCGAUCCUCAGUGGUGAAUGUCAUGAAGCUUCGGCUGGAGUUCGCCGGCGGCUGCAGUCCGGAGCCGGCCGCCCUGCCGAGUCCGGCGCCAUGCUGAGGAGUCGCACCCUCGACCCGGAGGAGCUCGGUUCAGGCAGCGGGAGAGCUGGAAGAAGUUGUUGGAAAAUCUCUGGAUCCUGCCUUUUUUUAUUUGACCUAGAUUCGGCGUAGCGCUCCGCGGCGCUGCUGCAGCUCGCCGCUCUGCGGCUGACGGCACGGAUGUUUGAGUUUACAGCCGUCCUCUGCUGGAGUCCGUAGAAUGAGGGGCAGAAUCAAGACCCCCCCUGAGGAGGAGUAGGUGGAACCGCAGCGCAGAUCAACAUGGCCCAAACCAGCCUGCUGCAGGGCAAACGCUUCUACUGCCGGGACUGGGUCUUCCACAAGAUCCAGCACUGCCUGCAGGAGAAGAGCAGCGGCGCUCCCGGCAAGCAGCCGGCGCCGCCGGGCGGGGGGGCCUCCAACCCCGCCGGCUCCGCCAAGCCCGGCGGGUCCUGGGGGGUCCUGCUGGUGGGGGGCCCGGGCAGCGGGAAGACGGCGCUGUGCACGGAGCUGCUGUGGCCCACGUCGGCGCAGGGCGCCCACCGGGGGCUGCACCAGCAGGGCCUGGCCUUCCACUUCUGCCGGGCCGACGACGCCGACACGCUGUGCGUCGGCGGCUUCGUCCGGGCGCUGGCGGACCAGAUCCGCCGCGGCGGCCUGCUGCCGGGGUACGAGGAGAAGCUGCAGGACCCGGCGGCGCAGAGCGCCCUGCAGCCCGGGGAGUGCGAGAGGAACCCGGCCGAGGCGUUCAAGAGGUGCGUCCUGCUGCCUCUGCUGAGCGUCAAGCCUCCCCCCCAGGCGCUCUUCCUGCUGGUGGACUCGGUGGACGAGGGCUGCCAGGCGGGGGAGGGCGAGCAGCGCUCGUCCCCCGGCUCCCCCCGCACCAUCGCCGAGCUCCUGGCCGGCCAGCACGAGUUCCUGCCGCCCUGGCUGCUGCUGGUCUGCUCCGCCCGGCGCCAGAACAAGGCCAUCACCAAGCUGUUCACAGGGUUUCGUAAGAUCAGCCUGGACGACCUGCGGAAGGCGUACAUCGUGAAGGACGUGCAGCAGUACAUCCUGCACCGGCUGGACCAGGAGGAGGCCCUGAGGCAGCACCUGACCAAGGAGACGGCCGAGAUGCUCAACCAGCUGCACAUCAAGAGCAGCGGCUGCUUCCUGUACCUGGAGCGCGUGCUGGACGGCGUGGUGGAGAGCUUCAUCAUGCUCCGGGAGAUCCGGGACAUCCCCGGGACUCUCAACGGCCUCUACCUGUGGCUCUGCCAGAGACUUUUUGUCAGAAAACAGUUUGCCAAAGUCCAGCCGAUCCUCAACGUGAUCCUGGCCACCUGCAGGCCGCUCACGGUCAAGGAACUGUACCACGCGGUCUGGACCAGGAACAUGACUCUGACCAUGGAGGACUUUCAGAAGAAGAUGGACAUUCUCUCCAAGCUGCUCGUCGACGGCCUGGGAAGUACAAAAAUUCUUUUCCACUACAGUUUUGCAGAGUGGCUGCUGGACGUAAAGCACUGCACCCAGAAGUACCUGUGCAACGCCGCAGAGGGACAUCGGAUGCUGGCCAUGAGCUACACCUGUCGGGCCAAGCAGCUCAAGCCGCUGGAAGUGCAGGAGUUUGCGCUGCACCUCGUCAGUUCUAAUCUGCAGAUCGAGCCGUUUAAUCUGGCUCUUUGGAUGGUGUGGAACGGAACUCCUGCUAAAGACUCCCUGAGCACCUCCAUACCACGAGAGCAGGAGGUUCUGCAGCUCCUGGUCAAAGCUGGUGCUCACGUCAACAACGAGGACGACCACGCUUCAUGCAUCGUACAGCAGGCGCUCGAAAGAGAGGACUCCAUACGGACUUUACUGGACAACGGGGCGUCCGUCAACCAGUGUGACUCCAGUGGGAGAACCCUGCUGGGGAACGCCGCGUACAGCGGCAACCUGGACGUCGUCAAUCUGCUCAUAUCUCGAGGAGCCAACAUGGAGCUGGAGGACAACCACGGGCAGACGGCGCUCACUCUGGCCGCGAGGCAGGGCCACACCAAGGUGGUCAACUGCCUGAUCGGCUGCGAGGCCGACAUCAACCACACCGAUCACGACGGCUGGACGGCCCUGCGCUCGGCGGCGUGGGGCGGCCACUCCGAAGUGGUGUCCGCCUUGCUCUAUGCCGGCGCCAAGGUGGACUGUGCCGACGCCGACGGGAGGACGGCUCUGAGGGCGGCAGCUUGGGGAGGUCACGAAGACAUCGUGCUGAAUCUUUUGCAGCACGGAGCCGAGGUCAACAAGGCGGACAACGAGGGCAGGACGGCGCUCAUUGCGGCUGCGUACAUGGGACACCGAGAGAUCGUGGAGCACCUCCUGGACCACGGAGCUGAGGUCAAUCACGAGGACGUGGACGGGCGGACCGCGCUCUCCGUUGCCGCUCUCUGCGUCCCGGCCAGCAAAGGUCACGCCUCAGUGGUGAGCCUCCUGAUCGACAGGGGCGCAGAGGUGGACCACUGCGACAAAGACUGCAUGACCCCGCUCCUCGUGGCCGGCUACGAAGGACACGUGGACGUAGUGGAUCUGCUCUUGGAGGGUGGAGCCGAUGUGGAUCAUACGGACAAUAAUGGCCGCACCCCUCUGCUGGCGGCGGCGUCAAUGGGCCACGCCUCUGUGGUCAACACUCUGCUUUUUUGGGGCGCCGCCGUCGACAGCAUCGACAGCGAGGGGAGGACGGUGCUGAGCAUCGCGUCCGCUCAGGGUAACGUGGAGGUGGUGAGAACUCUGCUGGACAGAGGCCUGGAUGAGAACCACAGGGACGACGCCGGCUGGACGCCGCUGCACAUGGCCUCGUUCGAGGGUCACCGGCAGGUGUGCGACGCACUCAUCGAGCAAGGCGCCCGUUGCACAGAGGUAGAUAACGACGGUAGGAUCCAGCUGAUCUUAGCGGCGCAGGAGGGACACUAUGACUGCGUGCACAUUCUUCUGGAAAACAAGUCAUGCAUCGACCAAAGGGGAUACGACGGGCGCAACGCUCUCAGGGUAGCUGCACUAGAAGGUCACAGGGACAUCGUUGAACUGCUUCUCAGUCACGGUGCAGAUAUAGAUUACAAAGACGCUGACGGGCGUCCUACGCUCUACAUUCUGGCACUGGAGAAUCAGUUGGCCAUGACGGAGUAUUUUCUUGAAAACGGAGCAAACGUGGAAGCCUGCGACACGGAGGGGAGGACGGCGCUCCACGUCUCCUGCUGGCAAGGCCACGUGGAGGUGGUGAGGCUGCUGAUCAACUACCACGCCGACGUGAAUGCCUGUGACAAUGAGAAGCGGUCGGCCCUCCAGUCCGCGGCGUGGCAAGGCCACACCAAAGUGGUGCAGUUCCUGAUCGAGAACGGCACGCAUGUGGAUCACACGUGCAACCAGGGAGCGACGGCGCUGGGCAUCGCCGCCCAGGAGGGCCACAUCGACGUCGUGCAAAUACUGCUCGAAAACGGCGCCGACCCCAACCACGCCGACCAGUUUGGACGCACGGCCAUGAGGGUCGCGGCCAAAGGCGGGCACACAAUGAUCAUAAAGCUUCUGGAGAAAUACGGUGCCUCGGCUCUGAACGGCUGCAACCCGUCCCCGGUGCACACGAUGGAGGAGAAAACCCCGCUGGCAGUGACGGGUAAAAUGCAGUCCCUCACCAUCAAGUCCAGUAGCUCCGGCAGUACUGGAGCCGGAGACCAGCAGUCCUCCGGACGGGGCUUACCCAACGGGCCCGUCCACGCCUUCAGCUCUCCCUCCGAGUCUCCUGAUUCCACGGUAGACAGACAGAAAUCCUCCCUGUCCAAUAACUCCCUGAAGAGCUCCAAGAACUCCUCCCUGCGGACGACGUCGUCCACGGCCACGGCCCAGACCGUUCCCAUCGACAGCUUCCCCGGACUGACGUUCACCGAGCAGAUUCAGCAGCACUCGCUGCCUCGCAGCCGCAGCAGACAGUCCAUUGUCUCCCCGUCCUCCACAACCAAGUCCAUCAACCAACAGCCGUCGUCGCCAUCCGCCGAGUUCGACUGGCCGCAGCUGAAACCCGGACUCAAGUCAAAUAAAGGGACCAAGACUGGGAACGGGACUUCAAACAGCAAACGAGCUCCGGGAGACAAGAAGAAGAUGAAAACCGGCUCUCAAGGUCAGGUUCUGGAGUACGAGAUGACCCAGUUCGACAAGAGGAUCGCCCUCAAUAAGUCGGUCGCCAACAUUUCAGUCAAGGAUCCGCACUGCAAGAUCAUGAUUGGAGGUUCUGUUCAGCAGGACAGAGGCCCGGACCCGUUCUUCAUCCAGCAGCAGAGCUGUGCCGAGAAGAAGAGGAACGGAAUCAUGACCAACCCCAACUAUCACCUACAGGGUAACCAGGUCUUCCUGGGGAGGGUGUCGGUUCCUCGGACUGCGCAGAACCGGGGUCACCAGGACGUGUUGGAGAACUACCCCAUCGGGGAAACGGAGCUCAGCCUGAAACAAGCCCUGAAACUGCAGAUUGAAGGAUCAGACCCCGGGCUGAACUACAAAAAGGAGACUCCGUUAUAGCUGCAGGAGAACCCUGCAGAACAUUGAUCCAGAACAUUGGCUGACGACUGUGACUGGACUGCACUCAACAGAACCAACAGACUUUGCAUGAAGAGCGCCCCGGUCUGGACCUGGAACCGGUUCUGGACCCUCUCACGUCGUCAUGCAGACGGUGGAGGGAACGUGCCAAAGUGACUGUUUUCAUCUGCAUUCAAAGAAGAAGCGAUUGGAGUAUUGAUCGCCGAUUGUGAACUGAUACUUCCACGUGCCUACGUCUGUUACAGCCUUCUCCACGUAUUCAUGCAAACUGUCUUUUUUUUAUUUAAAGAUAUUUAAUAAACAGUGUAUGCACUUUUGACAGUUAAUUGAGACAUGCAUCAGUUCCUUUUGUAUCCUUCAUGUUUGACAGAAUCAUACCAAUGCUUUGUUGUUGUUUUUUUUUUUUUAUUAUUUUAUAUUGUGUAAGUUGUUCUACUUGUUCACACUGACAGCAAUGUACCACUGCGACAUUGUCACAAAGCAGAUGAAACCAGCCUGAUGCCUUGCUCAUGGGCAGAUACCCCAAAUAAUCUGCGUUAAAAACCUCCAUUUGUGUGCCCAACCUCCGCUGGCGUAUUUAUUCUUCGCUUGGAAAAAGCCACUUUUUUUUUUUUUUGCAUUUUGUGUUUGGUUGCGUUGGACCAUGGUGCUGCGUUCAGGUGCUUCAGUUAUUUUGGACUCCAGUUUAGUCUGCUUGCUGCGUUUGUGUGUUCUCCAGACGUCUGAGGAAAGAACGUUGGACAUGUCAAGAACAAGCAGGAUUUCGUCCCUGUGGGACCUUUCACUUGUGUUGAGCGUUUUGUUUCUGUGCUUAAUAAAAAAAACAUUUCAAGAACCUUCCCGAGGCGUCAGCAGACGUUUGGUCCCAGUCAGAGAGUGAAAAUACUGAGUGGAACCGUGAACCCCUGGCUGUGGUUCUGGAGGGUGUGGGGGCUCAAACUGGACUCUGUCCAUCAGCUGUUGACUGGUUGGUCUGGACCGUUUGUCGGAUUGUAAAUAGCUUCUCAUGUUCAUCCUUCAUCAAAACAAUUCCUGUAUUACAUGAAGUGGAAUUUUCUGAUGUAUAUUAACGUGCUGAAUAAACAUAUUUGCUUUACU